GAAUCGCUUAGUAGUGUCUGGCUGCUUUUGCGUUGGCCCGACUGCUGCCAACCAUCUUCGCCAUUGGAAGUUACCGUAUAAAGGGACAGAUCGGCCGACCAGUGUUGUCAUCGACCCACGACCGACAUAUUUUGAAGCGUGCAAAAAUCCGCUUUCAAUCUGAACUUUACUCUCGAGAUACAGUUAUUGCCGAGUCUUUUUUUUCCCGAGGGCAACAAGUUGAGACCGAAACGAUGAGCUUCAACCGUCCGAUCCGAGGCGGCUGCCACUGCGGCCGCAACCUCUACAUGAUCCAACUCCCCUCGGACCAACCAGCAACCCAAACCGCCCAGAUCAUGUUCCACUCGCACCCCUCCCAUCGCUCCACCCUCGGCACGCCCCUCCCCGCCUACCUCCGCGUGCCCCUCCAAUACUACCGCGCCGCAGCGGUGCCCGUACGGGCAGACGAGACGAACGCGAUGAUCCACCGGGCGUACGAGCCGCGCGGGACAGCAGGGGAAGGGGGGGACGAGGACGAGGAGGAUGCGGUGGGAGGCCACACGAAGCGGUACUUCUGCGGCUUCUGCGGCACGCCGCUGUCCUUCUGGAGCGAGUCGCCCCCCGCCGAGGCCGACUUCAUCUGCCUGACCCUGGGCAGCCUGUGGCCCGAGGACUUGGCUGAUCUUGAAGAGCUCGGUUUGUUGGCGGGGGUGGGCCUGCGCCGCAGCCCGAGCCCGGCUGGCUCUGGCUCUGGCUCUUCGGCUUUGUAUGCGCCGGAGCGGGGUGGUGGUGGUGCUGCUGCUGCUGCUGCUGCGGGAACGCGGAGCAGGGAGGGAGAAGGGGUGGUGGGGAGUGUUGGGGUGUUGUCGUGGUUGGAUACACUUACCGAGGGGAGUAGGCUGGGGGAGGCGCUGCGCCAGACGAGGGGCGGGGCCGCGGGUCCGAAGGGUAGGGUGAGGAUUGAGUGGGAGAUUGUUGAGUGGAGUGGGGAUGAUGAUGCUGGUGGUGGUGAGAGCCCGCGAAAACGGAAGGCCGAUGAGGUUGAGGGGGCCGACGAGGGCGGGAGAAUGGAAGGAAUCGCGUAGUAGGUUAAGCGUCUGUCUCCUCUUUGCCCGCAGCUAGGGGGUUAGGGGUUACGCGGCUCGUUUCAGAGAUCAAGGCGAAAACAGUCUCCAACGCGGGACGGCACGCAUGCACCAAGCUCCAUGCGGUUGACAAGGUUGCGGGAGGGGGUCGAUCGGCGUAGUUGGCGUUUACUUGGACGGAUGAUUGGGCAUCGGGGGGCUGUAGUCGGAGAUUAUGAAGGCAGGAACCAACAUUAUUUCGAAUCCGAGCAUCCGGCUGGACUCGUGACAUGGAAGCAUCUCUCGUUACGUCUCAUGUUUUUCAGGCUGUUA